UCCCCCUUGACGUAAUGAUUCGGGUAGGAGGGAGGGGCCAGUGCUACUGCCAGGGGCGGGGCGGCUCGGGCCAGCGGGCCGGGCUGUGCACCUGCGCCUCGGCGGGCAGCCUUGGGGCACUGUCCCCGGCCCGCCUGGUCCCGCAAUGGCCAGGCCGCAGAGGACUCCGGCGCGCAGUCCCGAUAGCAUCGUCGAGGUGAAGAGCAAAUUUGAUGCCGAGUUCCGACGUUUUGCGCUGCCCCGCGCUUCGGUGAGAGGCUUCCAGGAGUUCUCGCGGUUGCUGUGUGUGGUACACCAGAUAUCUGGCCUGGAUGUGCUGCUUGGCUAUACGGAUGCUCACGGCGACUUGCUGCCCCUCACCAACGAUGACAGUUUGCACCGGGCCCUGGCCAGCGGGCCCCCGCCACUGCGCCUAUUGGUGCAGAAGCGGGCAGCAGGUGACUCCAGUGGUCUGGCUUUUGCCUCCAACUCUCUGCAGAGGCGAAAGAAAGGGCUCCUGCUUCGACCAGCGGCACCUCUGCGCACCCGAUCACCCUUGUUAAUCAGCCUGCCCCAAGAUUUCCGACAGGUGUCUUCAGUCAUAGAUGUGGACCUACUACCUGAGACCCAUCGACGUGUGAGGCUUCACAAACAUGGUUCAGAUCGUCCCCUGGGCUUCUACAUUCGAGAUGGCAUGAGUGUUCGGGUGGCUCCCCAGGGCCUGGAGCGGGUUCCAGGUAUCUUCAUCUCCCGCCUGGUACGUGGGGGCCUGGCUGAGAGCACAGGGCUGCUGGCAGUGAGUGAUGAGAUCCUCGAGGUCAAUGGCAUUGAAGUGGCCGGGAAGACCUUGGACCAAGUGACAGACAUGAUGGUUGCCAACAGCCAUAACCUCAUUGUCACUGUCAAGCCUGCCAACCAGCGUAACAAUGUGGUUCGAGGGGCCUCUGGGCGUCUGACAGGGCCUUCCUCUGUAGGGCCUGGGCCUACUGACCCUGACAGCGACGAUGACAGCAGUGACCUGGUCAUUGAAAACCGCCACCCUCCAUGUUCUAAUGGGCUGUCUCAGGGACCCCUGUGCUGGGACCUGCAACCUGGCUGCCUACUUCCCGGUGCUGGCAGCUCUCUGCCCUCCUUGGAUAGCCAAGAGCAAGCCAACUCUGACUGGGGGAAUGGCAUGCGAGGUGAUGUUAGUGGAUUCAGCCUCUAACAGCCAAAGAUGCAGCCCUUGUUACUUUAGGCUGCUGGAAUGUGGCAUGGACUUUCCAGUUGGGGAGGGAAGAUUAGCUUGUUCUCAGAGCCCUCUCAACCCAGUGAACAUUAAAGGUUUUCUACAAAUGUA